CUGUCACUGUCAACUGUCAGGAGCUGCGUAUAAAUCAAAAUUCACUAGGUUUUCGCUAAUGGUGUAUUGUUGGUUGCGGCGUUUACACGUCUGUAACGACCUCCACAUUCUACAAGUCGCCAAAAUGCUCGUGAUGAUUCAGUGAUAAACACUAAACACUAUCUGUUUUGUGGCUGCAAAGGAAAGUUUGUGAUUCAUAUCAGCAAACAGAGCGCGGAAAAUCAAUGUAACAUUCAGUAGCCUGUAAGUUAAUGAGGUUACUGGUUCGUUUAACGCCUUCCAACAUUUUCUUUCGAAGACUAUUUAGAUCGCUGAGGAUGGAGUCCGACAGCGAAGAUGAUAUGCUGUAUUAUUCCCACCAAAAACUAUCAAGCUUGAUACGCGAAAAAGGAAACAAAAAUGCAGCCAUUAAGGAAUAUCUGGAGAACCUGAAUUAUCAACCCAUCAAAGACUUCAAUCAAGGUUUGGAGUGGUUCAAUGUUUCUGAGCCGCUGUCGUUCUCCAAACACCUGAAGGGGAAAAUCGUCGUUUUGGAUUUUUUUACUUACUGUUGCAUUAACUGCAUGCAUAUCAUCCCUGAUUUGCGGGAGAUCGAAAAGGAGUUUUCGAUUGAGGAUGGCUUAGUUGUGAUAGGCGUCCAUAGCGCAAAAUUCGAAAAUGAAAAGGCCUCAGCCAACAUCCUUGCGGCUGUCCAAAGAUACAACAUCACGCACCCCGUAGUCAACGACUUCAAUUCCCAAAUGUGGAAAAACUGCGAAGUCAAUUGCUGGCCAACACUCUUAAUACUCGGUCCGAACGCCAACCCCAUCGUCAUGUUGAUGGGUGAAGGCCACAAAGAGAACCUACGCUCUUACAUCACAGCUUCUCUGGAAUACUACAAGUCCAAAAAGCAAAUUUCGGACCACCAGAUACCGUUCAAAUCCGCCUACCACUUACUCCCCGACUUAAAAGGACCAUUAUUGUUCCCCGGAAAAAUCGCAAACUUCGUCAACGAAAACCACCAGGAAAUCUUGGCUGUAUCCGACACCGGAAACAAUCGAAUUAUCAUUCUAAAACCCGAUGGGACCAUUUUACACCAAGUGGGUAGCGGAAAAGUGGGUUUCCGCGAUGGAAGUCUGUCAAUUUGCGAAUUUAAUGCACCUCAAGGUGUGGCUUUUCAGAAUGAAAGUACCAUUUUUGUGGCCGAUACGGAAAAUCACGCAAUUCGGAAAAUUGACUUGAAGAAUAGUAUGGUUGAAACUGUGAGUGGUACAGGGUUUCAGGGUAAUGAUAGAGUUGGUGGGAAGCUUUGGAGGCAACAGGUAAUCUCGUCUCCGUGGGAUGUGUGUCUGUAUCGGACACCCGAUAUGGAUAUGACGUUCUAUCCGGAUGGUAAACCUCCAAUAAGGGACGUUUUGAUUAUUGCGAUGGCGGGAACUCACCAAAUUUGGGCACUUUUCUUGGAAGACACGGUUUGGUGGAAGUGUAAAAAGUAUCCAGCUGGAACUUGCUUGGCUAUCGCUGGGUCCGGACGGGAAGAAAAUAGGAAUAAUGCGUAUCCAAACUCGGCUGGAUUUGCGCAACCGUCUGGACUGGCUUUAUGCAACAAGAAUAAGGAGGUUUAUGUGGCAGACAGCGAGAGUUCGAGUGUGCGUCGCUUGUCGCUCGUCGAUGGAAAAGUCACACCUGUGGUUGGAGGGGAUAGGAACCCGAAUAACCUGUUCGCUUUUGGUGAUAAAGAUGGGUCGUUGUGUGAAGCCAAACUCCAACAUCUCCUAGGUUUGGCUAUGUCAAAAGACGAAGACACUCUGUUGGUCGCCGAUACAUACAACCACAAAUUGAAGAAGGUCAAUAUUACUCAAAACAGUGUAACCACUAUUGCAACUCCAGGGGGUGAUACCACUGAUGGUAAAACAGCCGGGUUUAAAGAACCCGCGGGUCUUUGUGUGUCUUCAGAUGGUAAAAAAGUGUACUUGGUUGACACCAAUAACCACUGCAUUAAAACUCUAAAACUGGGUCCUGAUUACUCGGUUAAAUCGGUAACGGUUCUCAAUUUAACCCUCCCAGAAACUACAACAAAAGUCGAAAAUUCUGAACACCAAAUAUUGGACGGACGCAGUGUCACCAUUAAUAGUCACGGCGGAAAAUUGAUUCUCAAAAUCGGGGUGGCUUUUGCUGACGGGUUAAAAUUGACGGAAGAGGCGCCUCAAAGCUGGUCAGUCGAACUGCCAGGGGUCACGUGGUCGUGUGUGCCUGCCAGUGGUGACACUGUCAAAAAUGUUGACGUGGUUGUAAGUGUCCCAAGUGGCACAGUUAAUUCUAAAAUUGAUGUUGAAUUUAAUUUGGUGACUUGUACUGAGGAAACUUGUUUGCCUAAAAGCUUCAUCGUUCGAGUUCCAGUCGUUCAGAAGAACACCGGUUCCAUGAACGUGGAAAGCAAUUUACGAGUAAUUUUGGACCCCAAUAAUAUUCAGAUUGCUUAAAGUUUAAAUGGAGUUUUUAUACUUAGCACUUUUUACCCUGUAAAGAUUUUUAAAUAGUUGUGAAUGUUGUAAAUUUUGUUUACAGAAUUUAUUUAUGUUUUAAUAAAGGGUGCACAACGUCUAAGUUGCAACUUGUUAGCACUAACCACAGCAAGUGUAA